AGUGAAAAUAUAAUAGAAUCAAUCUUGCAAUUACCUCCGCUAUGGAUUGUCGGUCAGAGGAAGAUGCCUUUGUAUUCGCCACCCAACUGGCCAUGGCGGCGGUGUUCCCAGCAGCACUCAAAACCGCCGUGGAGCUCGACCUUUUCGAGCUCAUCAAGAAAUCCGGCUCCGGCGCCGCCGUCUCCGCUCGGGAACUCGCCGCCCAGCUUCCCGCCUCCGCCAAUCCCGACGCACACGUCAUGCUCGACAGGAUCCUCCGCCUCCUCACCAGUUACUCUGUCCUAAAUUCCAGCCCCAGAAAUCUCCCCGGCGGCGGCGGCGGCGUUGACUUGGUGUAUUCAUUAGCUCCGGUGUGCAAGUACUUGACAAAGAAUGAAGAUGGAGUUUCUGUAUCUCCCUUUUUGAUGCUUAUUCAAGAUCAAGUCCUCCAGAAGAGCUGGGACAACCUUAAAGAUGCGGUACUUGAUGGGGGUGUACCCUUCGCCAAGGCAUAUGGAAUGAAUGUGUUCGAGUACGGUGACACAGAUCCAAGGUUCAACAAGGUUUUCGACCAAGCAAUGUCUAAUUAUUCGACCAUUGUCGUGAAGAAAAUACUCGAGAUAUAUGAUGGUUUUGAGGGCAUCGAAUCUGUUGUAGAUGUUGGCGGUGGAACCGGAGCAAUACUUAACAUGAUUAUUUCCAAGUAUCCUUCGAUUAAGGGCAUCAAUUUCGACUUACCGCAUGUUAUUCAACAUGCCCCGUCUUAUCCAGGAGUGGAGCAUAUCGGUGGAGACAUGUUUGUUAGUGUGCCUAAAGGAGAUGCCAUUUUCAUGAAGUGGAUCGUUCAUGAUUGGAGCGAUGAACAAUGUCUUAAAUUGUUGAAGAAUUGCCAUAAUUCACUUCAAGAAAAUGGGAAAGUGAUAUUGGCUGAGCUUAUAAUGCCAGAGGAACCAGAUAAGAGUGUGGCCACAAAGACUGUUCUCCACUCUGAUGUGCUUAUGUUGACCCACAAUCCUGGAGGUAGAGAGAGGACAGAAAAGGAAUUUCACACCUUGGCUAAGGCGGCUGGAUUUCGAGAAUUUCGAAAAGUUUGCAGCCCUCACAAUAUUUGGAUUAUGGAACUUGUUAAGUAAAUCCAAACACUUGUAUGAUGACUUUUUCAUUUGUUUCCAUUGUUAUACUUGUUGCACUUUUUUAUACAAUUCUACCCUUGAUUAUAUAUGUAUGAUUGUGUGUUAAAUACCUUGUAUUUGCAUAUGGGAAAAUU